GGACACCUACUAGCGAUAUUAAUAAGGACCCCUGAUAAAUAUUUUUAAUUUUUAAACACUGUAGCUUAUUAUUCUCAUUACUUUAAUUCAUCGGGCCUGUAGACUAUUAAUAAACUAAAAUAUAUGUGAAAUAUGUUUUCGCCCGUUAUAUUUUUUUUGUUCGGACAAUUUUGGGACAAGCUCAAACUUAAAGCUGUUCUGUCCAUGACGACUCCGUCAAAGAAUUUACACGAAAUUUCUCGAUCUUAGUUUAGUUCACCGGGUUAUCUGUGGCAGAGCUUGUUCUUGUGGUUUGGAUAAGAAUAAGAAUCAAACGUCUUGUCGGCGAUGGUUGUGCUUACAAAAACACUUAUUUGAUUGGAUGAUUGGCUCAUCCAGUGUUGGGUCGUGUCGUAAAUAUUAUAUCACAAAUCAGACAUUUGAUUCAUUUUGAUUUUGUCAAUUUGAUCAACCUGUGAGUGCGUGAGAUUUUGCCAAUUUCUCACCUGCUUGUCAUUUGAAUUCUGUGACAUAAAAAUACUAAUUAAUUUAGUAUUUUGUAGGCUAGAGCCUACUACAUAAAAAAAUUAUACCUGCUUUGUAAGUAUGAACCUUUUAACAGGGGUUUGUGUUACACUGUUACACACUUAAUGAAUUACUUGGCUACUUAAGUGACUUAUAAUUUAUACUUGACCCAGCUUUAUUAUAUAUUAAACUUAAAUUAUGUGAGACAUAAUUGCCAUAACUAGGAAUAAAUUAUUUUUGUAGAUAUUUUAAAAUUAUUUUUAAAGUAUUUUUAUUUGACCAGUGGCCUAUAUUAAGUAAGUAAAUAAGUAAAUAGUGCUUUUUAAAGUUUUAGGCCUAGGCAUAAAAUAAUAAUAGAUUUAGAUAUGAAUCAUAAAGUACUUUAUAACACUGAACAUGCAAAGUCAAUUAAGUUAAAAGAAAGAUAAGUACUGCUAAAGAAAUCUUUAAAUUAAGGCCUUUCAAAGCCUAUCAUUCGAUUCAUUAUGACACACGAUAACAUUUUUUUAUCGAAGGCGACAUAGGCCUAUAAACUAUAGUCAGUUAUACUAAGAUAUAACCAGUAUUUAUAUUAAUAAUAGGUUUAUAAUAAUUACAGGCCUAAGCCUACUGUUAUAUUUUUAUUAAGCCUAAUGACUAAUGUAGGCCUUAGUUAUUAUUAUUUAUAAAAAUAAGAAGAAAUUUAACUAGCCUUCCUCCUACUGAUUAGAUCUAGGGCCAAACAGUUAUUUGGGAGGUCUAGGGCCUAGGUCUAUAAGUAAAUCUUAAUCUAUUUAUUGCAAAAUAUUUAGUAUGGACAGUAUGGAUUUAAAUAGUGAAUAGGCAGCAUACAAAAUACCAGAAAAUGAAUACUGUAGUCACAUAUUACAGACUUAACCCUAAAGCUGUACUUAUAUUUUAGUUAGUUACACUACAAUAUUCUUACUAAUACUAAUAUUAAAUAUGGCUAUGGAUAAUCUUUUUUUAUUUGUAUAUCGAAUGAAUUGUUAAAUGAGAUAAAACUUUUGAUUUUGCGCAAAUAUACAAAUACAAGCAAGUUACUACAAGACUAGGCUCGUAAAAUCUUGUUUGCAAUUUUCAUUUUCAUUUUAGUGGAGAAAGGAGUUAUUGGGACAGAAAAUAAUAGUUUUAAUUAUAAAAACUAAUUUUAUAUUUUAAUUAAUAUUUCCAAAUGGGAUAGUAAUGGCAGACUACAGUGAAUUCAACAACAAUAACUACCUCCCAGGCCUUUAUAAUGGUAAGAUUUUAGAUUUUUAUUUGAAGUAAGCAAAAGGUUUUGAAAUUUAAAAAGACUUUUCUAAUUUUAGAUUUGUCAUAUCAAGUUCUUGAAACUUCAAUUAUUUUUAUUUACAGUAUUUUAAAUUCAAACAUGACAUUUGAUAUCAUCUCUCAAUUACACAUUUUUUGUUUUACUAAUUUAACAAGCCCCAUAUGAUUUUCCCCCAUUAUUCUUGGAUCUUUCAUUGAUGUUAUCAUAAUUGUAAUGUUGUGCCGAAUAUUUAUUUUCAGAUAUGGCCACUGCAGCUUUUAGCCACUUUACAUCAGCUCAACAAUUUCGCAACCCGGUUGUAUCUCAGAAUAGCUUUACAUUCACAUCUCCAACUCAGUGCAGCACUCUAGCUACUCAUAGACCAAGUAUUCAGGUUAGAAUUUUGUUAGGCAUGCAUUUAUUGCACAGUGAUGCCAAUAUAGAUAAACAAGAUUUAGGGAAACCAAGUCCUCUAUUUCUAAGAAUAGGCUUUCACACUAAUAAUCAACUUAUACAUUAAUGCAUUUUGAGUUUUUGUAGACCAGUACCUAACCCUCCAAAUAAUUGUACUUGUAUGUAGUAUUUUUAACCAACACCUGCCUAAACUAAUUUUGAUGUCAGGGAAAAUAAGAAAUCAAACUGCCUUUUACCACUCAUAAUUUAGGAACAUGGGAGAGAAAAACAGUUAAGUUUCAGUAGAGCAAUGUGCUCACAAAAAUAGUAAAUUUUAGCAGUUAAGUGUGUGGUAGGCACCCUGAAUGAGAAUAAUGCAUCACAAAGCUUUUCAUAUAGGGAGGGUUUCAGGGACAUUGUAGUGUCAUGUCGGCUGCUGGCAAAAUCUUUACGGUAUUAAAAAUGUGAAUGAUUUAAUGUAUUUUGGUUAAGGGGAAAGCACUGUAUAUUAAUGAGUUUUCUUUCUAUUUCUGUUUCUAUCACUAUCAGUGUAUUAACAUGCUUUUUUAUCAUGGCUUGUUUUGUGAUUAAUCGGGUGUGAAAUUUGCUCAAUUUCUGAUGUCUGAAGCUGAAGUUGGCCCCCCUCUAGACUGAAAAAUCAAAACAGAAUUUCUUUAUUGGAAUUAUUUCAAAUGGAUUCAAAUAAAAGCAAUGAUUUCAGAGAUAUUCCAUGUGCUACUAAUGACAGUAUUGGCUCUAGCUGUGAUGGGCGACAUAAGAGUCAGAUAUUAACAGUUUUAGCCCUUAGCUAGUCAUAUUGUUACAUUCAUUUGGGAAAGGGUAGAAAUCAAACAGAUAAGACAAAGAUUGGAUCCCAAAUACCUACCCUAAAGAGAUUUAAAUAUGUUUGUAUAGGUUCUGGAUUAUUAAUUAAUUUGAACAAAUUGAUUGAAUAACUUCAAAUGAAAACGAAUUAUUGAUCUAAUUUUGUGCUUUUCCUGUUGUAUUUUUUGUAUGACAGAAAUUUGAAGUCAGGGAAUGAAAAAAAUUAUAAUUUUCAAUAUAACUUAAAAUAAGUACCCAAAACGUGACAUUUUCUGAAAAAAUAUUGGUUAUAGUUAUAGAACUUGAUUUUAUGGGUAGUUUGAACAAUUUAUGGAGUUGAAUGCAGAAGUUGAGUACAGGUAUCAACAUGCAUAAUAUAGAAACAAUUUAUUUUAAUAUCAUAAGAUACCUUGUUCAAUUUACUUUCACAAUAUGUAUAUUUGUAAGGGUCUCUGAAUUAAUUUAGCAUGGGAUUUUGUCCUUUUUGACAAGCAUAAGAAAAUGCUAAGAAUGGCUUGACGCUACAUAAAAAAUGCACUUGACACUUAUUUAUAGGGUUAAACAAAUAAUCAUACAUAAAAAUAAACAAAGACAUGCAUUUUUUACUUCAUUAGACCACCAGCCCAAUCAAUAUGAGUGCGCCUGGUGUGGGCACAUCUUGGCAGCACAGCAUCCCUGUUACAAUGCCUUGGGUUGAUAUGGUGUCCUCAAGAGGAGCUGGAACAACUACUGUGUUUACAGGUGUACCAUUGCCAGCUUAGUAAGUACCGUAUAUGAGCUACCAUAUUAUGUGUUCUUUGAAUUGUUAACUUUCUGUGUCUGGAGUGAUGGUAAUCAGAGGAAUGGACAUCAAUUUUUCUUGCUUACUGUUAUAUACUGUGAACACCUGUUUGUUAAAAAUUAAAUUUGAUAACUGGAAAUUAAUGAGGAUUCUUUUUAAUCGGAAUAUGAUUAUUGAGGUUGGAAUUCGAUUAAAUUUUGUAAUUAAGAUUUAUUUUUUCAUUUAAUGCUGAAGCUUUAUAGAAAUAGUCACUAUGGACUAGUUUAUCGCUAAAAUUUACUAAAAAUGAAAAAGAUAAAUUUUUCUUUCAAACAUGAACCACUAAUAGUCAUAGCAUGCUCAAAUAAAAAUAAGCUUAGACUCAAAUUAAAAAAAAAAACAGCUUUUCAGACAAAGAAUUUUGGUACAGUACUAAGCAUAGAUAAUUCAAACUCUUUACCCCUAAAAACAAUGUAAAAAAUAAUCUUUAACUCUUUACCGCUAAAAACAAUCUAAACAAUAAUCUUUUGUGCCACAGUGGGCUUAAUAAUAGAAAACUUGUAACAGUAAAAUUAAGUUUAUUUUUUGAAAUGAAUAUCAUAUUCAUAAUCUAUUUAUUGCUUACUUUUAUUUAGUCCAGAUCUUCAGAUGUCCUGCACAGUUCAAAUUAAACCACCAAAGCGAAAAGCUAUUGAUAGCCCAGAUGAGUAAGUAGUGUUUUUAUUUCAUUACUUAAUCAGUCUAUUGUAUCCUAGUUUAGGAGUUGACAACCUUUUGUUUGUUUGUAAAGAGCCAGUUUAUAAAUCAUAUCUGCUGAGAAAAUAUUUAGGUAGCCAUAUGCUGGGUCAAAUUGUUCAAUAUUUUUAUAAGUUAAAGAAAAUAAAUAAUAUUUUUAAUAUCUGUAAUGAAAAGAGUUGUAUUUAUUAAUAAGAGUAAGAGCGUCAUGUUACUCUGAUGCUGCAGGUUUGUCAACCACCAGACUUGUUAGAAGUUCCUUAAUAUAAACGGUACUCAUUAUGUUAUGCCCAGGAUAUGUUAGGCCCAGGAUUUUCAAAACAUUUCUGACUGAAACCCUUUUCAUAAAUCAUAACAAUCAAGAAAAUGUUUUGGGACCCCCCAGUCUGGGGCGAAUUGUUUACAUGUCACUGUCACAGCAAGAUCUGCUCCUUCAAAGUGCUGUUUGGGUCCCUGGGGUCAGAGGUUGCUGAACACUAUGAUUGUGGCCAAAGUGUCCCCUGUUUUUGCUUCCUGUAUCAACUGAUGAAGAAUAGAUAAUAGAUACUGUAUUAUAAUUUUAAAAAAAAUAUUUUUUUUGUGUGCUCCAUUGAUGAAACAUUCCGUCUUACUGAUACUGACUGAUUAUCAUUUUUUUUGCAUGGCAUGAAUAAAAGCAAAUAACAUGCAUAGCUUUUUUAAUAGAUUUUCUCUUACAUGAGCGUCAAAUGAGUUUAAUUUGUGAAGUGUAGUACCGGGUACUGUACAGAAAAUAAAUGGCUGAAGUAUAUUCCUUCGGUCGUCAAAGAGAUUGAUGAACAUUGAAAAGUUUGCCUGUUUAAGUCUAAUGUUUUUCUCACUCAUUUCGCAAUCAUCAUUUUCACUAUAUUAUUUUCAAAUUCUGUUGAACUUGAUUCAGACAUUAUAAACUUCAGUCAUAAUAUGUAGCAUUCUGAUUAGAGCAGAUUGUGACGUAAGGAAGUAUGAACAUUUAAAAGUCCCUGUAGUUUAAUUGUAAAAUUGGCAGUUUUAAAAUGUAUCAAUGACCCACUGCAAUCAUCAGUGUAGAUAUCUUGCUAAUUUCUUUCAUACCGUUGCCCUCCAAUUGGAAUUAAACAUGAUGCAUGUGAGUGUUGAUGUAUUUAAUGCCCCUUCAAAACUGUACCCAUUAAUCCUGUUUCAGGGCUCCCAUGUCCAAAGUUUAUCUUUGCGCUGAUCAGUUUGCAAACAUGACAAUUACUACACAAGAGCAGCCCAGUCUUGAUCAAGUACAGGCAGGGAGUGAUGACAGAGGAGUACAAGUCUUCAUAGGUGCAAGAGGGACACAGUGCCGAGGCGAUGCAGAAGCAUGGCAAAGAUUUAGAGAUAUUGAAAACACGUAUGUUUUAUACCAUUACUGAAAAUAGUUUUUUUUUAGUGAACAUUGAAUUUUUUUUAUUUUGCUCAAUCAUACUUGCAGAAAUAAAAAUGGCUUUCGAACUAGUAUUAGCAUCUCUGCAUGUUUACAACUACAGUCAUCCCUCAUUAUAGUGGUUUAUCAGUUCCAGACUCGACCAUGAUAAGUGAAUUUCCGCAAAGUAGGAUUCUUUAUUUAUAAAUAAAAUAUUUUCAUAGUUGGAGAAUAUAAAACCUGUUUUGACCCUCUAAUGGAAAUAUAGUUUUUAACAUUAUUAAAACCUUCAGGGGGUUGCCAGAAUACAUAGGGCUACAUUCCAUAUGUAAAGUAAUUUUAAUUGUAAUACAGGGGUGUGUAUAAAGUAUAAUUGACUCAGACAACUGAGAGGGCGCUGUAUAAUUUUCACUACCUCGAAUGAAGCCACAAAAGUGGAAGUGGGAAGGGACGACUGCACAUGUUGAGUUUUAUACCCAAGCAGUAAAAUCUGACAAAAAAUAAGACCUUGAUGUACACAAUUUUUAGAUGUUCAUAAUUCAUGAUACAGUCCUUCACAACUCUUUAAUACACAAUCAUAAAUAAACAAUUUUGAUUUAGUUAUUCCGUGACACAAACAUUUACCAUUUUGGAUUUACAUUUGUUAUUACUUGAUCAUGAUUUCUUUUUUUAGACUUACUCACUUGGUGACACAAUCAUACUAAUCUCAUACUAAAGUGUAACUUAUUCUUCAGGCUUGAUGUCGAUCUAGAAGAAGAUAUUGAAGUCAACAUGGCUGCCUCUGACAACUGGGAGCCUCAUGGACCCUGCUUUAAAGUUGCCCAGGGUAUCUUAGAGAAUACAACACACUCUCCUAUCUUACCACGCAAAGUAAUGGAGGAAAUGUUAGUUAUUCUAUUUCUUCUUUUAAAUUUUACUUCUUACAGUACAUUAAGUUGAUUGAUUUACAUUGUCUUACUUAUUUAGUCUAAGAACAAAAAAUACAAUGUCAUUUACUUGAGAGUACCAUAGCUUAAGAGGACCUGUUCAUCAAAUGAUGAUGCUCUCCUCCUUGUGACAGAACUAAAUAGGGUGUUUAAAUUGGAAUUUAAUGAUUUCCGGAUUAGUUGUAAAAACUAAUACUCCGUAGUGUUACUGCUACUGUAGUGUUACGUGCUAUUUUUUCCAAUUCUAAAGAAAAAAAAGAAAAAAAAGAAUCAUUAAAUGUAAACAAUCAGUUCAAGCCUCUUGCUGGUCAUAAAUCUGCAGUCACUGACUGUAAGGGUGAACGAUUUGCAUUCAUCAAUUCAUAAACAGAACACAGUGAGUUACGCUGUCUAGUUUAAAAAUGUGUGUAUUUAUUGCACUGGUGUUUUCUUGUACAGAAAUUUAAAUUUCACUAAACCAAACUAAGAUAAAACAAGAAAUGAAUUUGGCAAGCUGCCAUUGGAAGUAUGACUGAAUUAACUGGAAUUUGUGAAAAUUAAAUUUUUCCAUUUUCAGCACAAAGCCAUGCAUGCAAAUUGUUUUGUGGAAGUCACCAGGGGAGCUUAUUCGAGAUAUUAAAGAAGAAAACCAGUCCAAAUCAUCAUCCACCACCACGACCAUCACCUCAACAUUCACAAAUAGCAAAUUGAGCAACUUCAGCAAUAUCAACAGAACAGAAAGAUCUCCAUUAAUGCCUAGAGAUAACAUUAUGGAGGCUGAUGGCUCAAACAUGACAGUGGCAAGUCCUGACCUAGCUCCACAAUUGCAGUCUCACUACUCUAAUGACUUGUAUACAUCAUCUCCAGGGUUCCUCAAGUCUUUGCCUUCUACACUCACAAGUUCAUCUACACUAAAUGAGCUCAGCUGCAGCAAUAUUCAAACAGAUUUCAAUACAUUUGAAAACAUUGAUGAUGAGAUGCAGUUGUGAUGAAUCAUAAACAUUUUAAUUUUAAAAAAAAAUAUACCAUAAAAUUUAAGAUUUAAAAAAAUGUCUGCAUCAAGGCAUUUUCAGAUCUGUUUUCAUUAUUUUCAUAUCACGAAGUACUGUCAACAGCUGUCACUAUCGGUACUAAAUAAUUUCAGUAUGUUGUUAUCUCCACAUAAGACAUCAUCACAUUUACAAGUGAUUUACUCGAGUUAUAUUGAUUAAAUGUGAGUGUAGAAGUUGCUGUAUAUAGUAUUUUUUUAAUAAUUUUUUUUUCCAUUUCAAAAGAAAAGAAAGAUAUUUUCAGAAAUUAUUUCUUGUCAUAUUAAACAGUUCCAACAGUCACAAUGAUGACCCUUAGAAAUGAAAAUAAAAAAAUAAAGUAAUUUCUUUUAGCAGUUUACCUGCUUAUGUAAAUCUUUACCAAAGAGCCAUAAACAUUAUUGGAAAAUGGUAAUUGUUAUUGUUAUGUGUAACAUAUAGAAAAUGUAGUUCAGAAUUUCCAAAUUUUCUAUUCCGUAGUGUACAGUGUGAACUAAUUCGUUUUAAAAAAAAUUUAAAAAUGUACCAGUUGCCACACGAUUGCAUCCUAGCUGCACUGUGCAAUAGGUAAUGCUAUUGUUAUUAUAAUCAACAUAUAACUGUUAAAAGUAACAGAUAAUUGCUUAAAAAUUAGAUAAUUACUAAAGUGACUUUGUCCUCUACCUCUACAAAAAAGGGGUUGGAUCAUAGCUCUUCUUUACAUUGAUUUGAUUUGAUUUUUUAUAGUAACACUUAAUUUGUUUGAACGCAGGUUGUUAAUUUUUGUCUUGAUUCAUUUACCAUAACAGAUUUAGUUAAAAACAUUAUUAAAUCAUUGAAACAUCAUGUAAAUACUGUACAAAAAAUGUCCCAUUAUUAACAUUUUCCUAUAUGAAUGUAAUUUCAAGAAUGCUACUUGAAAAAACUACUUAUAAAACUACUUAUAUACAUUCGGUGAAUGUAUUUUAUGAAAAGAAUGUUUGAAUUUUGUUGGUUUGUUAAGAAAGAUUAAUUGUGACUCAAGUUUGAUUGCCCGUUUAAAUAGCUCUUUUUCAUAUUUUAGGCAAGUAUUGACUUUAUGGUUUCAAGAUUCAUUGAGUUUGAGUAUUUUUAACCAGAUGAAAUUUUACAGUAUGGUAACAUGAAUACAAUUUUGAAAAAUGCUGACUGUUUAAAAUUGAUAAUAACAAACCCCUCAUUGCUAACUUUGAUGUAAUUAGUUCUUUUUCCCACUGUAGUUAUUACCUGGAGGAGAUUACUUAAUUUCAAUUGUGCAAGGAGCAUGUUAAUAAACUGAAUGCAGUCGUCCCCAUAUUAUACUGUUCCGUUAAUAAGAGGAGUGAUCGUAUUACUUUUAUCAUUUAAUACCGGUACUCUUACCAGAUAAAUCAUUAAAAUUACUAGCCAAACACACUUUUUUUACAACUUGUGUUUUAUAUAUACAGUGGAACCACGCUAUAACGCGAUGAUAGGGGUCCAUAAAAUCGGAUCGCGUUAAAAGCCGGGUUACGUUGUUUACUUUUGUUCUUAGCACAGUGAAAUUCCCUUACGUAUUACUAUUUAUAGUUCUACCGGAAGAAAGCCUCGUUUUCUGCAUUAAUUUUGAAACUAGUUUGAACGUGGUGCGUUUAGGGGCUCAUUUUCUACAAUAUUUUGAAAAGUUGUGAUUUUUUUGCUUUAAAAAAUGGCUUUCCAAGCAAUGGAUAAAAUUUUCAAAGAACUUAGGCCUGAUGGAAUUGAUGAAUUUCAAAUUUCGGGAGCCAUGCUAAGACUGCGUUAUAUCCAAAUCCGCGUUUUGACGAGGCACGUUAUAGCGGGGUUCCACUGUAUUUUGCAUUACCAAUUCAAAAUUUAAAAAAAAAAAGAACUUAUUAUAGAAAAGCUUAUUUGUAACCUUUUAAGUCUCAUGUGCAUUUCACCAACAACAAGCUUCUUGUUACUUUUGCUAUAAGUUUUCUGCUUUUUUCAUCUUUAAAUUGUUUCAUGUUCAUUAUUCAAUUAUAAUACUGAAUUUCACACGGCUGCAGAGUCAGAGAUUAACCACUUCAGCUAUCAUGAAAAUACUCAUGGACUCAAAUUACCAAAAUGAAAAAGAAAAAAAACAAAAAAACCUGACACUUUAGACCAGGCCAGCACAACUCAAAAUGUAAGGCGGGCCAUAAUACUUAAUGAAAAACUUGUGAGGGCUGAAAGAAAAUAGGACAGGGGGGAAAGCUGUUAAGGAAAUAAUUUUUAAAAUGGAAUAUUUCAUAACUUCGCAGGCCGCAACGUGGGUGCUGACGGGCUGUAUGUUGUGCGGGCCUGCUUUAGACUAUCAAUGACUAUUGAAAAUAUUGAAGUUUACUUCUUAAAAAAAUGUAAUAUUUUGAUAUUCCUGUGCUUUUUUAAAUGUAUGAAAUAGAGAAC